AUGUGGCCCUUGAGCCACAUAUUGAAGACUGAAGCGGAGGCAGUCUGGUGGAGAAGUUUCAACACUGGAGGCUAUCUCGGCCCAUACACCGCCGUCUUCAAGACUCACAUCGAUAUUGUUCGAGACUUUAGCGAGAAGACUAUCCGAGGGCUCAAGGCUCUCGCCAAGAAGCACAACUUUCUCACCUUCGAGGACCGUAAUAUUGUCGACAUUGGCUCGACAGCCCAUAAGCAGUACCACGGGGGCGCCCUACGCAUUUCCGAGUGGGCUGACUUCGUUUAA